AUGAAUUCGCAAGGCACUAAGGCCGUAAUACAUGUCAAGGUACUCCUAGAUAUGCCUGGCCAUGGACAUGAUGCUGUAACGACUAAUGGUGAGAAGCAAGAUGAACUGUAUAUGCAGUGCAAGUCAUGGGUCGAGAACAAACCUGUUGAAAAAUUUGAUAAGGUGUAUCAAUAUCACUAA